CUGGAAUAAAACGGUUACAAGGGGAUUAAAAGGUGACCGAAAAAAAUAAUGGACACUUCAUCCAAAGGUCUCUUAGAAGAACUCAGUUUGGGAAAAAACAAUGUAGAGGAUGAAGAGGAAGAGACUGAUGGACAACAUCAGGAGAAAGAAACAGAUCAGUCACAAACUGAAGAUUUAUGUGCUGGAGGUCAGAAAAAAGCAGCAGCAUGGGCUCCAUGUUUUUACUCCAAAGGAGGUAAAGAGGUGUACCGCUAUGUGGGUCAGGAGAUCAUCAUUGAAGAGGCUUUUGACUCGUUUGCUGGCAUGAUAUGGCCCGGGGCUCUGUCUCUGUGUCACUACCUGGACACUCAUCGUGACCAACACAAUCUAGUGGACAAAGCAGUUCUGGAGAUUGGAGCAGGAACUGGCCUUGUGUCUGUUGUAGCUGCACUCCUGGGAGCCUGGGUCACAGCCACUGACCUUCCAGAUGUCUUGAGCAACCUGAGGGUCAACUUGAGUAGGAACACCAGGGGGCGCUGCAGACACACCCCUCAGGUGGCCUCUCUAUCCUGGGGCUUUGACCUGGAGCCCACCUACCCGUCGUCUGUCUACAGGUACGACUAUGUGCUGGCAGCAGAUGUGGUCUACCAUCACGACUAUCUGGAUGAGCUCCUGGCCACCAUGAAGCAUUUCUGCAAACAAGGAACAACUCUGAUCUGGGCCAACAAGGUCAGGUUUGAGACAGAUCUGACUUUCACUGACAACUUCAAGAAGGCCUUUCACACAAGCCUACUAGCUGAAGAUGGAGAGAUGAAGAUCUUCAUGGCAACUAGCAGACAGGAAGAAGAGGAUAGUGAAGCAGAGGCAGAAAUCCAAAACCUGCCAUUGAACUUAGAAGAAGCUAAGACAGAUGAGGAGGAAGAGAGCAUGAAGGAGCUGGAAAAAAGUGAAGAAGCUGAACAUAAUUGUGAGAUUUUAGUACAGACAAACAGAGAGACAGAAGAACAGAGAAUAACCUCUGAUGAUGAAGAAAUAGAGGACCCCAGCGAAGACAACAGCGAAGAAGCUGACACAACUUCAAACAACAAAUCCAAUCAGGAGGUUAGGACGGAGAAGGCUGUGCUGUACAAGUUUGUCCCGAGUGUCAUUUUCAGCCAUGGAAAAGAUAUCUAUCAUUACGUGGGGGAAGACAUUGUCAUUUAUGAGUCAAUUGACUCAUAUGGGGGGGUUAUGUGGCCAGCUGCUUUGGCUUUGUGCUCCUUUUUGGAGAAGAACAAACACACUGUCAACCUGGAGGGGAAAACCGUCCUGGAACUGGGAGCAGGAACAGGACUGGUUUCCAUUGUAGCUACAUUACUGGGAGGUGCAGUCACAGCAACAGACCUGCCACAGAUGCUCAGCAAUCUCAGGGCCAAUGUGAUGAGGAACACCAGGGGGCGCUGCAGACACACCCCUCAGAUAGCAUCUCUGCCCUGGGGCUUUGACCUGGAGCCCACCUACCCGUCGUCUGUCUACAGGUACGACUAUGUGCUGGCAGCGGAUGUGGUCUACCAUCACGACUGUCUGGACGAGCUCCUGGCCACCAUGAAGCAUUUCUGCAAACAAGGAACAACUCUGAUCUGGGCCAACAAGGUCAGGUUUGAGACGGAUCUGACUUUCACUGACAACUUCAAGAAGGCCUUUCACACAAGCCUACUAGCUGAAGAUGGAGAGAUGAAGAUCUUCAUGGCAACUAGCAGACAGGGGAAGGUGAAGGAGCUAUAAAAUGAACUUUUUCUUUCUACAAGAAUCAAACACCUAAAAGAAGAUUUUCUGCCUCUGUGGUUCUUCUAAAGCUUUAUUAGAGGAUCAGAAGAUUUACGGCUUAUCCAGCAAUGAGACACGAGUUUACAGACUUUUAUUUCAAAUCCUAUUUAGUUACUGCAGUUGGAUAGUUUAAAGUUCUUUUUUAAAAGUUAUUUAAGAAGCCAUUUCCAUGAGCAUGUCACAUUUCUGUGCAGGCUUUCAUCUUUGGAGAUAAAAAUCAUCCUUUUUUUAUCCCUUUAACCAAAAUCUGAUCAAAGUAAACUACUACUAAAGAAGGAUCAGAUCAAACUGUUUUUUUUCAUGUAAAAUUUAAAAAAAAAGUAGUUAAAAAAUGGUGGGAAAUAUGCUUUAAACAGCAAAGCUGGAAGUUUCAAAAACUAUCAGACUGGUUUGUUCUGCCUCAUUUUGAUAAACCAGGCAGUCGGUUUCUGCUUGGAUGUUAAUCUGAGAGUCAUUUGACCUCAUUUUAAUGCAGUUUAUAAAGAUUUUGGACUGUAUCUAAUGGAUUUUAAGGUUUUUUUUUCUUUUAUCCUGAAAGUUUACACAUAUUAUAUUCCAGAUAAGUUUUUCUUGUGCUUAGUGUGGAUGGCAAUCUCUAUUAAUUUGACGUCAGCUCCAAUUCCUUUCCUUUGGUGUCUUAUUUAACCAUUUUGCUGCUAAAUUGAAUGUAAACUUCAGAAAUUUGGAAAAUGUUUACCUUUUAUGUGCGUUUUUGAUACUUUUUUUUGUAUGGCAUGACUUUAUCUCACUUCACUUGUUUUUAUUUUCCUUUUUAUUUCUUCAACCAGCAAUUAAAGUAAAAACAGAUAAAACUGCAACUUCUUCCAAAUCCUUUUUAUUUUGUGUAAUUUGUGACUUAUUUCUAUAUGAAGUCAAACAAAAAAAAGAAAUCCAACAUGACAUUUCCCAAAUCCAUCCAGGACAGGUGUUUAAAAAAAAAAGUUCAACCUUUACCUCUAAACAUUCUUUAAAAUACUAUAAUUGUCAUUUAUUUGAAUUUAUGGCUAUAAAUAUAAACACUUAAACAUCCAUGAUUAGCAUUUCUGUGGAGCUUUCCUGAUGCGAGCAGAGUGACAGUAACAGAUGGGAGGAGUCUGUUCCUUGUCAGAGGUUGCAGGUAAAAAUCCUGUGUUGAAAAGUAAGGCCAUUUCGGAGACGGUCAUUGGCAACAUGCACAGUAUAGAGCUCAGUCCUGAAGACACGGUUUCUUAAAUAAACACUCAAAAAACAAAUCAAUAAUGAGGCAGGAUAAAAACAAAAUAUGACACACAAUCAUCAACCAGCUUAAACUCAUCCAGUUGACUUUGCUGAUACUAAAAAUGGUUUAGCCUAAGAAAUUUCUUAAUACAACAAAGGGUUUCAUAGCAAUUCAUCUCAUUUUAACUUAGUUUUAUUUAACUUCAUAUUCACUAAUAAAAAGUUAAAGUUUCCACUCAAAUAAGAAUUUAAAAAUCCUAAAUGGUUUCAAAUUGGUAUAAGCAUUUAAACAUUUAGUCUACAGUUAUUUCUUCAUCAUUGAAGAGUGUCAAUAACCUUUUAACACAUCAUAAACUCUUGCAUAUCAACAAAACCUUUCACAAAAAGUGGAUAAACAAGAUUUCAAUAGUCUUUUCUGAUUGCCAAGAGGGUGUGUAGCUGGACAGAGGUGAUCCAGCUUCAGCAAAAACAACUUAUAAACGUAUCCUUUAAAAAAAAUAAUGCUUACACGAUAAAAUGUAAGGCGAAAACAUAACAUUCAAAGGUUUGUGAUAAAAAAAAACAGCUAGAAAUGAAGCUGUUCUUUCAAAUGAUUGAUUUGCAUUGAGAAAUGUGUGUACCCAAGUAUUUUUUGUACACAGGAACACAAUUAUAUGAUGCUGUUUGUAAAAAUAUCCUUAAGGAAAACAAUAUUUUUAUUUAUUUAUUUAUUUUUAAAAUCUACCAGCUUGAAACAAACAAAAAAAAAUCUACUUCUAAAGAGUUCUGCUUACACUCUAAAAACAUGCAUAUAUGUAAAAUACUCCAAUGACAAUAAUAUUUGCAUUAAAUAUCUAUUAUAUUGGUUUGUUGUGUAUGUACAGUAUUGUAAGUCACUGAACAAGUGCAGCCGUCUGAACAGCACAAAAACUGUAAUACUGGACAAAAAAAAAAAA